AUGAGAGACCCCCGCGCAACCAAGCGGAGAAGAGUCUCCGAAGAGCCAUCCCAAGAUGAAGACGGUGAUGUCGCCAUGGGGAGUGAAGGCGAUGAUGUUCACUCCGCGCCCUCAUCUCCUGAUGCCGAGCCAGACUCCGAAGAAGACCAAGAAUAUCGUGGCCCCCGAUCACGACCAUCACGACGGCAAUCGACUCGAAGAAAAAGCGCACAAGUACCAGAAGGACUCGAAUUGGAUGGUGUGGAUGAUGCGCCUGCUGUAGAGACGCCGCGGAGCACACGGGCCAGCGGACGGCAGCGCAAGGCGCCCGUGCGAUACGAAGGAGAUGACCAGACACCGACUUCGACGCGGAGGGGAGCUGCCACACCUCGCAGUACCCGUGGGGCAAGAAGUGUCCAGAAAAAGGCACCGGAGCCUUCGGAGGAUGUGGACAUGGACAUUGACGAGAAAUCGCCUAAACCACUUGCAAGGACAAGAUCGAGACGAGCUCCCGCUAAGCCAAAGUCAAAUGGGAUAAAUGAUGAGGUCAAUGAGGACCAACCGGACGUACUGGAGACAUAUAAUGACGGUCUUGAUGAUCUCGUUGCGCUACAGAUUCAGCAAGACUUGCAUCAAAAUCAGCCGGUGGUGGAGGAAAUUCCGGAAGUGGCAGAGCCCCUUCCUGAGUACGUGGAGGCUCUGCGAGAUCUCUGCCAACAGGGACUUGAUAACGAAGUCCGCAUCCUUACAAACUUCCUCCUGGAGAAAAUUGCUGGAAAGCGACAGAUCCCCCUCAGGGGCCUGGAGAGCGAAUACGCCAAGGUCAAUCAGCUGAUCGAGCAAACAGUGACUGUGGGCGAAGGAAAUUCAAUGCUCCUUCUGGGAUCACGAGGAUGUGGAAAGACAGCGAUGGUUGAAACUAUAAUUUCUUCUCUCGCAAAGGACCAUGGUGACGAUUUCCACGUAGUUCGUCUGAAUGGUUUUCUCCACACAGACGACCGUCUAGCCUUGCGGGAAAUGUGGCGUCAACUUGGUCGUGAGACCAACACUGAGGACGACACUCUUAAGAUCAACUCUUACGCAGAUACGAUGGCAACCCUACUAGCCCUCCUUUCUCACCCGGAAGAAUUGUUCGGGACUUCUACUAACAAAAAUGGGGUGACUGCUGCCAAGUCUAUCAUCAUUCUUCUCGAUGAGUUCGACCUGUUCGUCACACAUCCCCGACAAACUUUGCUGUACAACCUUUUCGAUAUUGCACAGGCUCGAAAGGCGCCGAUCGCAGUGCUUGGGCUUACAACAAAAGUCGAUGUCACUGAAAUGCUUGAGAAGCGAGUCAAGAGUCGUUUCAGCCAUCGAUAUGUAUAUGUUCCACUCCCUAGAACUUAUGAGACGUUCUCGGAAAUCUGUAUGGCAAGUCUGGAUAUCGAUGAGAGUGAAGCCCUACAGAUUGCAGAUGCACUUGGCUCUGAGCGUGCUGUUCUGGAAACAACAAGCUGGAAGACACUACUAGAGGGCUGGAAAGUAUAUUUGAAGCACAUGUGGGAGGACAAGGACUUACAGUUCCACCUCAAGCGGAUCUACCACCAGACCAAGUCCGUGAAAGACUUCAUGACGAGCGCGCUUCUUCCGAUCAGUGAACUGAAUCUCAGCACACGAGGAGCUGAUAAGCUUGCCAUUCAAGUUCCUGUACCAAAGAGCUUCGCUUCACAAUCUCUUUCCUGCGCUGACCCUGCACCCCUCCCAUUCUCAACAUCUGGCGCCUCAUCCUCGAGCCCUUCAUCGCUGCCACUGGCACUGCUCCUCGCAGCAACCCGCCUGGCAGCACUCUUUGACCCAGGGCUUGACGGCCCCCAGUCCCAGAGCGUGGCACCACUCGCGUUGUCAUUCCCAGCUGCCUACGGCGAAUAUGUGCGGUUGCUCACAUCUGCCAAAACAUCCGCCUCAGUGUCCGGUGCUGCGGCCACGCCGGGUCGUGUUUGGGGUCGCGACGUGGCACGCGAGUCUUGGGAAAGACUGGUUAGCUGGGGUCUUGUCACACCUGUUGGUUCAGGGAAUGGAACUGCCGAUGGCCAAAUGUUCCGCGUGGAAAUCAGUUUCGAGGAGGUGGUCGAGAUGGCUGGUUCGGGCAGUUCCCUCGGCCAAUGGUGGAGAGAUGGAUGA